UGCUCCCAGACCUAGCUGAAUUCUUAAUUAAACAGUGACCACAUUAUCUGUCGAGAAAAAAACAUUCAGAACUGGCUGUCCAGAGUUGGUCUCAGCAUGGCAAACACAUUUGUGUGGACUUACUUGUUCAGUCUGAUCACAGCGUCUUCGUUUGUGGCAGGGGCACCAUCAGGGCACUGCUCAGGAGACCAUUUGUCCAUUGAAGGUGGAAAUUAUACUGUUGACAAGGACUUUGGGCCCGGCAGUGUGUUGGUCUACCACUGUCCACCUGGGUACUAUCCUUCUGUCAGAAGUCGACGCUGUCUGGAUACUGGGAACUGGGAUCCUGCUCCAAAACGCUCAAGACCUGGAAGACCGGGAUUAAUAUGCAAACUUGUCAGAUGUCCUGAUCCACUGGUUUUUGAACAUGGAUCUGUCCUGCCGGCACAAGACAGGUACUACGUAAAUGACACAACAACGUAUGAGUGCUCUUCUGCCUACAAACUCUAUGGGUCUGCGACUCGUGUCUGCAAAGCCAAUGGAAAGUGGAGUGGUAGCACACCUAUUUGCAGUAGCAACAGUGAUCACUGCCCAGAUCCUGGAGUUCCUGCAGGAAUGCGCAGAACAGGUAACAUCUUCAACAUCGGCGACAAAAUCAGCUACCGUUGUGAGGAUGGACUGAUUCUGAUAGGCUCCGAGGAGCGGACGUGCUUGGAGAGUAGAGACUGGACUGGACAAGAGCCAGCGUGUUACUAUGAUUAUACGUACGACACAGCAGAUGAAAUUGCUGAGGCAUUCAGUAGUUCCCUUAAAACCAGCUUAACUGUAGAGAUGACAAAUGAACAACAAGGGAAGAAAAUACGCAUGGAGAAAGGAGGAAACCUCCACAUCUACAUCGCCAUUGAUGCUUCUGAUAGCAUUGACCUCACAAGCUUUAAUCAUGCGAAAGAAAUUGUCAAAAAACUCAUUGACGAGAUCAGCUACUAUGAAAUGACCCCCAAAUAUGAUAUUGUAAUUUUUGCCACAGAGGUGACCCCAAUUGUAGACAUAAAAAAGUACUAUGGGGGAACUCAAAGGGAACUUGAUCAGGUCAUUGUUGAUUUGGAUAGUUUUGAUUAUGAGGGAAAGGGAGACAACGCAGGAAGUGACAUUGCUGGAGCUUUUAACCACAUUUAUGAACAAAUGAGUUGGGUAAGGGAAAAUGAAGCCCGGUUUGUGAACACUAGUCAUAUCAUCAUCAUGUUCACUGAUGGUGAAGCCAAUAUGGGCGGCAACCCAGAACCAAAGGUUGGGCUGAUCAAAGAUCUAGUACAAAGAGACAAUGGAAAGUUAGAGAAUCUUGAUAUAUACAUGUUUGGCGUCGGUGAACAUGUUCAGAGAGAAGACCUCAAUAUUUACGCAACAAAAAGAGACAAUGAAAAGCAUGUCUUUAUAGUGACGGACAUGGAAAAACUACACACGAUCUUUGCGGACAUGAUUGAUGAGAAGAGCAGUGAUGGUUUGUGUGGACUGCACAGAGACUACCAAUUCAAAGACGACCAAGGCGAAAACCUAAAGCGUAGACAACCUUGGCUGGUUGAAAUUUCUGUCCAACAUAAAGAACUCUUCUCCAAAUGUUUGGGAUCUCUCAUCACACCCCGCUUUGUCUUAACUUCUGCCCACUGCUUCAAGUCUGCAGACACUGACAGAACCACUGUAACACCCGCCUCCAAAGAGAUAACAGUGGUGGAAAAGGUCACAAUUCAUAGUGGAUAUAAUGUCUCGGCCAAAACGAAUAAAGGAAUACCUGAGUUUUACGACUACGAUGUGGCUCUUAUUAAGCUUAAGGAGGCGGUUAAGGUCUCUGCCAUGACAAGGGCCUCAGAGAAAGACCUUGGCUCUCACACCCCACCUGCUACAACUAUCUGGUCUGUGUCCCGUGGUGGCCUUUCUGACCUAAAAGAUAUUUGUAGGCUGAUCUCCAACUCAAUGCACCUACGACCGAUCUGCAUUCCUUGCACUAAGGAAACCAGUGCUGCUUUAAAACUGCACGGCAAGGGUGUUACGUGUAAGCAGCAUGAGGACAUCUUGUUGGAUAAAGAACAUGUUGAAGCAUUAUUCAUGUCACCUCAAAGAAAGAUGAAAAAAGCCUUCAUCCAUCUAAAAGAUAAAGAGAAGCCCUGCCUUGAAAAGUCAAUAAAAGCCCCACAAAUAACCACUAAGCGCUACGAGGACGUAGUCACUGAGAGGUUCCUGUGCACUGGAGGGCUUGAUCAUGACCAUAUUGAUGACGCUGCCUGCAAAGGGGAUUCUGGGGGUGCCUUGUUUCGUGAGAGACGCAAGCGGUCAAUACAGGUUGGAGUUAUCAGUUGGGGUGUGGUGGAUGUCUGCUCAGGAGAAGGCUCAGGAAAAUCUAGUGAUGACAAUAGAGAUUUCCACAUCAACCUCUUCAAAGUACAGCAGUUCUUGAAGGACAACCUGGUCGAUGGGACUCUAACAUUUAUAGACUAAAAUAUUUUCUCAUGUAUUCAAAAAACAACCUUGUUUUCAGGGCCAAGAAUCGAUUUUUACCACUCUUUCAAGACACAUGAAUGUCACUCUUUUAACUUUUAAUUUGAAUCUCUUUUGUUUGAAAGCAUUACAGCAACUUUGUGUAUUUAAAACACAUAUUAGUAUUUGCAGACAUGAAUGAAUCAAUAAAGAUGAAAUUAUGUGGAUAAUGUUUGGA